AUGGAUUGGUGUUAUAUAGGAAGAGAAACAAUGUUUAAAGAAUCAGAUUACAUAAGCAAGCCUAUCUGCACUUUGGAGGAGUUAAUUAACUGGAGCUUCCCAGCCUCAUCAAUCCUUACAUUACCCUUGUGUCAUUUUAGUGGUGUUUGGAAUGAUCGUGGCUUUAUUCAUAAAUCUUCACAGUUGCCGAAAGUGAUAUACUGCCAUGAUAUGGGCGGUGGUUAUCUUUCCUCUGACCGAACAGUUGACUUUACCCGCAUUUUCCCAGCAUUUCGUUUCAUUCAAUGGCAUUUAAUUGAUAUUUUUAUUUACUUCAGUCAUCAGUUGAUAACCGUACCACCUAUCUCUUGGAUUAAUCUUGCCCAUAGACAAGGAGUCAGUGUAUACGGUACCGUCAUUGUAGAAGGAGUUCAGUGUAAUGAGUUUCAAGCUGUUUUUAUCAAUCCUUUGGAGAGUAAUCCUGAUGAUGACAAAAGGAUAAGAAAUUAUGAAGAUUUCGCUGUACGACUCGAUCAAAUAAGACGCAUUAUCGGUUUUGAAGGCUGGUUUAUUAAUUUUGAAGUUCCUCUUCUCAAGGAUAAGACAAGUGCAAUUCGUGAUCGAAUAAUAAAAUUUCUACAGUUGCUUCGCAGUCUUGGAUCUGAAGUUAUCUGGUAUGAUGCAGUAACUUGGUCUGGUUUUCUAAAUUUUCAAAAUGAGCUGACUCAUGAAAAUUUACCGUAUAUGAAAGCUGCUGGAAGUGGUUUAUUUCUUAACUAUAACUGGGAUCCAGCUAAGUUACGACGAUCACAAGAACUUAAAGUUUUCUUUUGGGAUAUUGAUAUAAGUUUCGCUUUAGCCUGUUUAGAUGAUAUCAUGACAAUACUAUACGGCAUAAAAUCCCAUGAAAGUUCACCUUACCUGUAUACUUGUUGA